AUGCAGCUCCUCAAAACAGGCGCCUUUGUGCGGGCAGCUCGAUCUGCAAGAAUCACAGUCCCCAAAGCUCCGGUCCCGGUCCCGGCCUGUGUGCGUCCGCGUCUCGUGCAGUCCAGAUGGUCGAGCUCUCAAGCAACUGCAGAGGUGCCGCGACCCUUUCCUGAACAAUCUGUCGAAAUCUCAAGAGAAGUCGAUCCGACCAAGACCGCCCCUGAGUCGAAGGAUGAGCCGGACCAAGAACACUUGAAGCAGAAACUGAAAGAGCUGGCUCAUGGAAAGAAGGCUGUCAAUGGACAUCUUGCAGGCGUGAACAUCUUGGGCAAUCCAUACAUCUUCGACGCGACGACCAACGUGCCAGAUUCGAUUUUACAACUCGUUGGACGGAAUCUCUAUCGUUCCCCUGACCACCCUAUCGCCAUCACCAAGGCGCUUAUCGAAUCGUGUUUUCCCAAACCUACCUACAACCAUUUCACUGUUGCAGACCCGGUGGUAACGACACAUGAGAACUUCGAUGUCUUGGGCUUUCCAAAGGACCAUCCAGGCCGGUCAAGGACGGACACCUACUAUGUAAACACCACCCAUCUCUUACGUACACACACAUCAGCGCAUCAGCACGCCGCAUUCCAAUCGCUGGUCAAUGAUGAGGCAAAGGGAUACACCGUCUGUGCUGAUGUAUACCGACGCGACAGCAUCGACAAAAGCCACUUUCCUGUCUUCCACCAGAUGGAGGGGGCCAGGGUCUGGGAUUUACCUGUCUCCGCCGAUUCAAGAUAUGAAGCCCAGCUACGGAGAAAGGAAAUCAUCGAGAAGGAUGUGUAUAAUCUCCCUACGACGCGACUCGCUGUGAAGGAUCCGGUCACCAACUUUCACAAGGGUUCAAAUGCCGCCCAACCCGAACACGAUGUAGAGGAAGUCAAACUCGUCGUCGCUCACUUGAUGAGAAGCCUGGAGUACCUCGUGAACGGAGUGUUCGAAGCCUCGCGCGAGAUGAUGCCCCCCUGGCAGAGAGACAAGAUGGGUCCAUUGCACGCCAGGUGGAUUGAAGCUUACUUUCCUUUCACCAGCCCGAGUUUUGAACUGGAGGUGUUGUGGAAUGGAGAAUGGCUUGAACUGCUCGGCUGUGGAGUCGUCCAGCAGCCCAUCCUCAACAACGCCGGCCUGAAAAACAGCAUUGGCUGGGCGUGGGGUGUGGGGAUUGAAAGAAUCGCCAUGCUCCUAUUUGGUAUUCCCGACAUUCGUCUGUUCUGGUCGCAGGACAAGCGCUUUUUGCAGCAAUUCAAGUGUGGCCACAUCAAGAAAUUCGAACCUUUCAGCAAGUAUCCCGAAUGCUACAAGGACAUUGCCUUUUGGAUCAACUCCUCCCCUGCGGCGGCGUCACCCAUUGGCGUGGAAUCUUCAUCUGGUGUUGCAGCCGCUGCAGGAGGCGACGCCAGGAAGGCGUCUCCCGCCGAGACCCAGCCUGCCGCGUUCCAUGAAAACGAUAUUAUGGAAGUUGUCCGAGAUGUGGCAGGAAGUCUUGUUGAAGAUGUGCAGCUGGUUGACGAGUUCUUACAUCCUACGACCGGCCGCAAGAGCUUGUGCUACCGCAUCAACUAUAGAAGUCUGGAGAGGACGUUGACGAACGAAGAAGUCAACGACCUGCACAGCCAGGUGGCAGCGAAGAUGAAGUCAUUGUUCAAUAUCGAGCUGAGGUGA